AAUCGCGAAGACGUCAAGACGCUAAGUCGUCUUAUUAAGCUCAGUAUGCGCAGCCAAGCAUAUAAUUGAUAAUAAUGUGUGUGAAGUAUAUUGUGCUUUUAACAACUUUAACAAUAUGUGUUACCGGUUUUGAUGAUACGCCUGAUUGGCAAUCAAUGAAGCAUACGAAAUAUUUUUGUGAAAACAAUACAGAAAUUCAUUCUACAUUUUACCCUGGACUACAAUAUGGGUAUAAAGUUAUCAUAGACAAAGAACUAGAAGCGGCAACCGAGAUUAAAGUGAAAUUAGAUUCUGCGGGCACUAUUGUUUUUGGGAAAAGUGUACGUAGUCCAGCAGGGAAAAAAAAAUCGAAAAAAAUCAAAGCAAAAUUCACAGAAAAGGACCUUAAUUCUAAUAUUUAUGGGUUUGUAUUGCGUAAAGAUGUGUCUAAGAUUAAAUUCGUAGUACAAGGAAGAGCCGCACCAGAACAUCCGCCUUAUGUACUAAGUAUUAAAAUUGAUGGCGAAGAAAAUUGUAUUAAUCCUAAUAGGACUUAUUUUGGAAAUAAAGAACUAGCGAUUGAUACAUUUUGGCCUGAAGCUCCCGACGAGUUUUGUGGCAGGCGGAAGGUCAACAGGGAAUCUACCGAAUUGAUUGUCAGCGGUUCUACUUCGAAAAUCGGUAACUGGCCCUGGCAUACCGCUAUAUACAGAAACCAUAGACUAAGUAUGCAGUACAUCUGUGGAGGGACUCUGAUAUCAAAACUUUUGGUUUUAACAGCUGCACAUUGUGUAACAAUCAACGCAGAACCAGUUAAUCAUGAAUCUCUUGGAGUUGUUUUUGGGAAAACAUCUCUCCUCACCAAUGAAAUAAGUAGUCAAGAAAGAAAGGUUUACCGAGUUAUUGUUCACGAUGAUUUUAAAAAGAAAACGUUGGACAAUGACAUAGCCUUACUAAAAUUAAGUACUGAAGCUAUAUUCAAUAACUACGUUCAGCCAGCUUGUGUGUGGCUUGACAAUGCGUACGAUCAACUGGAUUCUUAUGAAGUAACAGGAACGGUUGUAGGAUGGGGUAUUGACCAAUCAGAUUCACUAGCGAAUGACCUUCACGAAGCAACUAUACCAAUAGUUUCGACUCUAACCUGCUUUUCGUAUAAUCCUGUUUUCUACAGCAACAUAUUAAGCGAGAGAAAAUUCUGCGCGGGACAUGCCAACGGUACUGCUGCAUGUAACGGAGACAGUGGCGGAGGUUUCGUCGUGUUCGUCAGUGACACUAAGGAUUCUUCCUUAAAAAUUGACUAUCAAACUGGAGCGUGGUACGUGAAGGGUAUCGUGUCGGUCACCCUAGCCAGAAAAGAUUCAUCAAUAUGUGAACCAUAUGCGUACACCGUUUUCACAGAUGUAGCAAAAUACAGGGACUGGAUCCUGAAGUAUAUGAACUGUAAUUGAAUAUUUCGAGUACCCGUAUGAUAUUGCUAAAAUUUUUUUUAUUAAUUUCCAAUGUUUUAAUACAGUUCAUAAACUUCAUCCAUUACUCGUGUAUACUCUUUAGUUGAUAAUAAAUAUUGAUAU